AUGGCUGCUCACCGAACCAUCCUCACCCGCGCCCUCAAAUCCUUGGAGCCUGUUAUCCAACUGAUCCUCACCGAUGUCGAACUCACCGACAACGGCUGGCUCUUCACUGGACGAAACGGCUCCCUUCGAGCCGAACCUCUCUAUGGUUUCACAAACCAUCGUCAGCUUUAUGAAAAGGCGGAUCCCAAUUAUACUGGGCGCUACACUGUCCCCGUGCUGUGGGACAAGAAGCUACAUACCAUUGUGAACAAUGAAUCGAGCGAAAUCAUCCGCAUCCUGUAUGACUCGUUUGACGAUUUCCUCGAGCCAGAUCAGCGUGAGGUCAACAAGCCAGGAAAGGGUCUCUACCCACCACAUCUUCGCAAGGAGAUCGAUGCAAUGAACGACUGGGUCUAUAGCGAUUUGAACAAUGGCGUCUACAAGGCUGGCUUUGCAAAGACACAAGAUGCCUAUGAUGCUGCCGUGUACCCUGUCUUCAAGGCUCUGGACAGGUUGGAGGCCCAUCUGACCGACAGGACCCACCAACCAUAUCUCUUUGGCGGGCAGAUCACAGAAGCAGAUAUCAGACUGUACCCAACCCUGGCCCGGUUUGAUGUGGCAUACCACAACAUCUUUAAUUGCAACCUGAAAACAAUCCGCCACGAUUACCCGCACUUGUCCAAGUGGUUACGAAACUUGUAUUGGGAUGAGUCCGACCGUACCAAUGGUGGAGCUUUCAAGAAAUCCACCUUCUUCGAGAUCUACAAGUACGGCUAUUUGAGGGCAAGAGCACGCGCGAUCUUCGGCACGAGUGAUGUGCCUCUGAUCGUCCCACGCGGUCCAGUCCCGGACAUCCUACCCCUAACGGACGAGGAGGAAGCUGAGCUGAUCAGUGUCACCACCAGGAAGCUCAACGGGCUCACACUCGACAGUUCUGCAGUCGGAAGCCCGACCAGCAACAAUCCCUUCUCGGCUGCAGCAGGGGGUGGCAUGGGAGCCCUGUUCGGCGCCGACGUGGACUCGCCAGCGGACGAGAAUGGAUCGGUCACGACCGGAUUCGGCUCGACGGUUGGGUCCCCGUCCUCGAAGGGACGCAUUGAAGAGGAGGACCCGGAGACUGGCUUCGAUGAGAACGGAGAAUUCCAUCCCAAGCGUAUGAUCAAGCGGAGAACCACCUACAGCGAUGCCAAUGCCAAGUGGUACAAGGCCGCAAAGAAGGCCGAGAAGAAGGCUGGAGCACCACCCAUCCACCUCGCUUUGUAG